AGCGAUCACCAAAAAGGAACUCUCAUCAGAAUCCCAACUCUUUCACUCCAAGCUCUUGUCGUCUCCAACAGUCACUUUCCCUUCUCCAUUAUAAAGAAAAUAGCCAAAACCAUAAUUCUUUUUAGCUCAUAUCUCAGCUGAAACUCGUUUAACUCUUUUAGCCUUCAAAACGCUACCGUCUCGAUUCCAAGAUGAUGAUCAGAAUCCGCAGUCGAGACGGCCUUGAACGGAUCCAAGUCGAUGGCCCUCACAUAUCAAUCUCCCAAUUAAAAACCCUAAUUGAAUCCCAACUCCAAAUCUCCAUCCAGAACCAAACGCUUUCCACUGAUAAAAAUCUUCUUUUAGUUAAAACCCCCGCUGACCUCAUCCGCUUCACCGACAUGGCCGACCCUUGCACCCUACUCUCCGCCUUAAACCUCUCUCACGGCUCCAUUAUUUAUCUUUACUAUCACGGCGAACGCACCGUCCGCGGCGGCCCUGCCGUGUCUCCCGCCGGAUCAUUCGGCCGUAAAAUGACCAUGGACGAUCUCAUCGCUAAACAAACCCGGAUCACCCGCCAGGAAUCCCCUCACUGCGACUCUGUUUCCUUUGACCGCGAUUGCGCAUACGCUUUCCAACGAUACGUGAAUGAAACGCUGGCGUUUGCUAUCAAACGCGGCGGGUUCAUGUACGGCACCAUCUCGGAAGAAGGUAGAGUGGAAGUUGAUUUCAUUUACGAGCCACCUCAACAAGGAUUGGAAGACGAUUUGAUUCUUUUAAGGAAUCCCGAAGAAGAGAAAUUGGUUGAUGCCAUUGCGGCAGGGUUAGGGAUUAAGAGAGUAGGGUUUAUUUUUACCCAGACGAUAAUGCAAGGCAAAAAGGACUAUAAUUUUUCGAACAGGGAGGUUCUACAGGUGGCAGAGCUUCACGCCGAGAGCGGGCUGAAGGAGUGGGUAACUGUUGUGGUGAAGCUGGAAGCCAAUGAAGAUGGGGCUGCGGAUGUACAUUUUGAGGCUUUUCAAAUGAGUGAUAUGUGUGUUGAGUUAUUUAAGGAAGGGUGGUUUGUGACAGAGUUUGGAGAGGAUGAUGAUCCAAAGCUUUCAAAGAUGAAGAAAGAUGUUGUCGUCGGUGGAAAGGAUGUUAAGGAGGUUGAUAAUGAUUUCUUCUUGGUGGUUGUAAAGAUUUUCGACCAUCAGGUUAAAUGCCGGCUAUAUAUCUCCAUUAGAUUGAUGCUCACCACCCCUUAACUAUUUUUCUUUUUGUUAAGAAAGAGAAAGG